UGAAUGUGAACAAAUUGAGAGGAAGGAAGUGCAACGACGAGCAACCAAAGGUGACUUCCAGCCCAGAGAGGAAGAGCAGCCCGAAAGUCGAUAUGAAACAUUUAAUAUAUUGCAACAAUUGAAAUUGGAUGAACAGAAACAAAAGUGGCAACAGCAGCAGCUGGAAAAACAACAGCAAUUAAAAUUACACUUGCAACAGCAGCAGAAUGCAAGGCGGGCAAAAAGAAAAAGAAGAAGAAAAGAAAAAGAAGAAAAACGCAAGAAGCGUAAGAAAAAACCCAAAGAUGAUGAUGACCAUGAUCAACACGUAACAACCACAACGAAAAAACCUUAUUUACAUCAUCCUCUGGUGCCGAUAAAAAAAAUCAAAUACAUUCUACGUAAAAACACCAUAUUUAAGAAAAAAAAAGAAUAUCUCAAUCACUUGAAACAUGUCCUCUAUCCGUUUGUCAAAUUCAUUGCAUUCUUUACCAUCAUCAAUCCUUUCACACUGGCCGUCUUUCUCUUUUCGCUCAUAUCACCGGGUUUUGGUUUCCUUGGUUUCAUCGGUUUAAGUUUCCUCAUCAAGCCCGCUCUGCACUUGCUGUUCGGUGUCAAGCCAACAGUGAAUACAAUUAAACGUCAAAAAUUACAGCAACUACGGAAAAGACAACGUUUGCGUGAUAGCCGUCGUCCCAUAACGAUACAUAAGCACUACUAUCAACAGAAACCAAUAGCACCACCACACUCACAUCAUCGUCAUCAUUCACCACCACCUGCAAAACCAAAAGGUCCUCCUCCACCUCAUCAGCAUUAUUCUCAUCGCCUUGGAAAUCGUCAUCAUCAUCAUCCACGACAAAUAAAAACAUUUAAUCCACUAUUGCCUCAUGUAAAAGAGAAAUUAAAAAGGACACACACUUCGUACCAGAUUUCAAAGGAUACAAAGAGCCAUUCGAAUUGA